AUGCUGCCACCUACUUCUUGUUGGACCUCACACUUUGUUAUUUUCUUUUAAAAAAUUCAAAAUUAUGUUUAAAAAAAAUUAAAAUUGUUGGGGAUUUUUCCCUCUCAUAAAAAUAUCGUGACUCACUUUCUUUUUGCUCAAGAUUCCCCCCACACUCUUGGCCACAAACCAAGAUUCUACUCUACCCCAACCCAAAACCCCUUCUUUACGACACCGUUUUAUUUAUGACGUCAUCCACAUUUUCUUGUCUUUUUCCCCAAGUCUCCUUCCUUUAUUUAUUUAUUACCUCACACUUUUCCCAUUUACCUCACCAAAAACCCCGUUUUACCCUUCUCAUUCACCCUCUCCUUCCUUUCCCAAAUAAGGGCGUUUCAGUCUUUUCACACCCAGAACCUUCUUCUCUUUUAAAAAUUAAACAAACAUUCAAAAGCCAACAACAGAAGAAGAAACACAAACACCUCCAGAAGUUAAGGAGAAUCAAAACGCGUCGUUUUCAACCCUCUUUCCCUCUUCUUCUCACCGCCUUUUCCUCUUUCUCUAGGGUUCUCUUUCCAUUUCAAAUCCCCUCCAUUUUUACUUUCUCUCUCCUCCACAAUCGAGAGAUUGGAAUCAGACGAUGCCAACCUUCGCAGCAAUACAAUUCGAUCGGUUUCUGGAACCAGGAGCUUCCAAAACGACUUCGUCUACCAACAUUUCCGAUGUUUCACGCAAAACGACGUCGUUACCGGUCGACGAUCUGAAAUCAUCUUCUAGAAGGAAGGAUAUACCGCCGCCGCAUCCUCAGCUACGUCGUCUGAACUCCACUUCAUCUCCGGCGACGGAGCCGCCGUCGGCAAGACCGCAGAUACAUCCGUCGCUUUACGCUACGCCGGAACCCACUCCUAUUCCUGACUCAUCUACCUCUUCAUUUCCUCCGUCUUCUCCUUUUCUUAUCAACCACAAAAGGCGGGGCCCGCGACUCCUUAAGAGCCUCUCCGACCAGAGCGUAGCGGCGGAGGCUGCUGUUGCUUUGGAAGGGGGACAUAUAAGAAGCCAUUCUGAUGAAAAUGUUACAAUUGAGGCGAAAAUUGAGAAGUUUGAUGAUGAAUUGGUUGUUAAUGGAUCGAAUGAUGAUGGGUUUGUAGCCGAGAUUGAAGCUGAGAAAGCUGAAGUUAAUGGGGAUGUUUUGGUGAGAGAGAAUUGUGAGAGUGAAGAUUUCUAUGACCCGCAAGAAUCUAUGAGUUUUUCGGCUUCGGCUGAUAGCGAUGAUUACGGUGGUGAGAGGUCGGCUAGGGGUAAUACUCCCAUGGGAGGAGAGUUUUAUGAUGCUUGGGAAGAACUCUCUUCUGAUAGUGGCCUACAAGCACAUCGUUCUCUUAAUGAGGUUGAAACUGAGCUACGAGAAAUGAGGUUGACCUUGUUGAUGGAGAUUGAAAAGAGAAAGCUCUCAGAAGAAGCCUUACAGAGUAUGGAACAACUUUGGCGAAUGCUGCGGGAGAAGUUAGAGGCUGUUGGCUUGAUACUUCCUGAAAAUCUUACUGCGUUAACAGAGGAUGGCCAAGCAGAUACUGCUCCUAUUGAAGAAAUUUGCCGACAAAUCCAACUAGCACGUUUUGUGUCUGAAUCUGUUGGGAGAGGGAUUGCAAAGGCUGAAGCUGAGGCAGUUAUGGAAGCUCAGCUGGAGAUGAAGAACUUUGAGAUUGCUCGCCUAACUGACAGAUUGCAUUAUUAUGAGACUAUGAAUCGAGAAAUGUCUCAGAGGAACCAAGAAGCCAUGGAAAUUGCACGACAUGAAAGACAGAAGAAAAGGAUAAGACAAAAGUGGGUUUGGGGCUCAAUUAUUAUUCCUGCAGCUGUUACACUCGGUGGUGCGGCUUUGGCAUGGUCUUUACUUCCAAGUGGAAGCGGAAAAGCAUCAUCUUCAAGUGAAUGUAACAGAGCCUUCCAACCUAACAGUGAUAAGCAGUGAUUAGGCCAUACCUAGACGUAUACAAAAUAGGAAGAAAUAAUUUGACAAAGUCUGGUGCAUUUGUGCAAUGUGCAUAACAGCCUUUUUCACAUUUCGGGAUGCAUAUUUUUGUGCUAUGCAAAAUGUACAGUUUCAUGAAAAUAAUGUACUUUUGAUGAUUGACAUCUUUUUGAGCAAUGCUGAAAUGCGUUGUUGUAAAACGAAAGAAAAGGUUCGAGUCCCUUGUGCUAGGCCAGGAAGAGGUAUUCUGAUUCUUGGUUCUAGAAACUUGGGAACUCUGAGUGUGAUUAUAUUUUUUGCAGGGCAUUUUUGAUAAAGAACGAAGAAGGGGCCUAAAUUUUUGUUACUUCAAAUUCUUGUAUGGGUCUAUGUGACGUGUUUGUGAAUUGUGAUAAAAAAAAGCUUGUGAAUUUUGCUGCCUUUA